ACUACAGCUUACACAGUACAUUUCAAAAUAAGAGUUGAGGCUCUCUGAUGUACCUGCAUUAGUUCAAUAAGGGCUAAACACUUUUUCCAGACUCUUUAUAUCAUGUUGGUGGUAAACAACUGGAUGUCUGAUUUUACAGUUAAGGUGAAUCCGCCAGGAAAGCCUAAUGUGAACCAGACAACUGUGACCUGGGUAACCCAAGCUAUAACACACACGACCAUUACAGAAUUCCGUUACCAGCUACAGUGGAAACUAAAUAAAAUGUCAUGGAGUGAUCCCUCUGUUCAGACUAAAGUCACUCAAUGUAAACCGCCCUGGGAGGUAAAACUGGAUCCCAGUUUGCUUAUAAAAGAUGAGACUUAUGAAGCACGUCUUCGUGCAGAGGCUUGUGACAAACAUCUAAAUGGAACCUGGAGUGACUGGAGCCCCACAGUUGCAUGGGUAUCACAAGUGGGAACAAAGAAACCAACACCAGAGUGGAGUGUGGGUGAAGGUGCUUUAACCUUAGUAGUGCUGGGUCUUCUGCUCACUGGCAUAGUCCUCUUUAUCCGCAAAAAAAAGCUGAUCUAUGUGGUGAAGAGCUUCAAAGGUGUACCCUUACCAGAUCCUAGAAAAUCUGAAAUUUUCCAGGACUGGGUUCAUCUGAACUCUAGCAGUAAAGAAGUUUGUCAUACAUCAAAGCCUGAGAAAUCUGCAGUCCUGACUUGGUUAAUUUCCCACUUUACUGGUGAAUACGUUCAAUCUUAUUUGAGCUCAGUGGAAAUCGUUUCUCAUGAAGUAACCUCCACUGUGGAUGCCAUGAUGUUCUGCAAGCCAGAUGUAAAAUUUAUGCCAGAAAGCGGUACAUCAGAUUCCAGCGGCUCCAGCUUUUCCAACCCCAGUUACUCAGAGCUUUACCCUUGUAUGCCAAAUGAAUAUCCAAAGUCCUUUGCAAGUAAUGGCCCUUACAAGCCUGUUCAAAACAUUGAACAGGAGAGUGAAUGUUUGGCAAAAAAAGAUCUGGAAAUGGUUAAGUUACUUUUUAUGGGAGCUCAUAAAAAGGAGGCAGUGGUGGUCUCAGACUAUGAGACGGUUGGAAAGCAAGAGGCUGAGCGCCUCAGGCUCCACAGUGUAGAUUCAGGCAUGUGCAGUUGUGAAGAAGUCAGUAAGGAAAACAUGGAGGCAGACAGCAUAAAUAUAACUGAAGGACCUGAUGAGGGGACAACCAACAAGGAGGAAAAAGAGGAGGAAGGCAGGGUAGGAAAUAAGACAAAAUUAGAUUUUAAGACAUUGUUUGGAGGCAGUGGGAGCAUUUUGGCCAAAAACUCUAUUUGUUCCGAUUACAAACAAAUCCCCAAGCUCUGGUCAGAAGUUAGCAUGAUAGCUGAGGAAAAUGAGAGACAGAAAGACAGCACAGAGAAGGACGAUAAGCCUUCUGAAACAACUUGCUUCCUGUUACCUACUCCUCUUCUCAGUGCCCUCCCACAGCAGCCAUUAAACAAUGAAGGGUCAACUUUAAGCUCAUUUUUGCCACCUCUUCACGGUAAUGACAUACUUAAGCAGAUGGCUCUUUCAGGAAGUGCAUUGAAGCAGUCCUGUGCUGAUGGCUACAUGCCAGUGGGCAGAAAAAGAGCUGAUGAUGGACCUUAGUACAGUCAGACAUAAAAUAUAAUUUUUCUCAGGAAUUAACCAGUACCCAUUGUUCAAAUGGAAAGUGGUAGUUUUAAUGGACAUAUUUU